ACAAGAUUAUUCUCAAACUCAAACUUAAUUCCUGAUCCUAGUGGAGUGGUUGCAUAUAAGUGCCAACGAAAAGAAAAACAAAGAAAACAAGGUAACAGCAGUUCCAAGACCCAAGUCCAUAGUCAUGCAACGACGGACAGAGGGAUUAUAGAUUUUGUAGCGGCAAAUCAUAGAUUCCAAAUUUAAAAACAACCACCACCACCGCCAUACCUCGAAACAUGGACUACAAGCAGAGGCUGAUUUCGGCUGCGAAAUGCGUCUACGACGGCGAUUUUCGCGCUGCUGGAGAAGCGCCUAUUGAUUCCUUGGAUUAUGGAAUCCAAGCUUCACUCAAACCGCACCAAGUCGAAGGCGUGUCCUGGCUCAUCCGCCGCUACCACCUCGGCGUCAACGCCAUACUUGGAGACGAGAUGGGACUGGGGAAAACGCUGCAGGCUGUAUCACUUUUGAGUUACCUGAAAGUAUUCCUGAAAAUUUCUGGGACAUUCUUGGUCUUGUGCCCUCUCAGUGUAACUGAUGGUUGGGUCUCAGAAGUGGCGAAUUUCGCACCAAAGUUGAGAUUGCUUCGUUAUGUUGGGGAAAAAGAACAUAGACGCAAAUUGCGAAGGGAAAUGAGUGAAUAUGUAAAAGAAAGUCUAUUCUCAUCUCGCGUUCCAUCAUUUCCGUUUGAUGUGCUGUUGACAACUUAUGACAUAGCAUUGAUUGAUCAGGACUUUCUGUCCCAAUUCCCUUGGCAUUAUGCAAUAAUUGAUGAAGCACAGAGACUUAAAAACCAUUCCAGUGUCUUAUAUACUGUUUUGAGAGCACGAUUCGUCAUGCCAAGAAAAUUGCUUCUCACUGGAACACCAGUUCAAAACAAUCUUACUGAACUUUGGGCUCUGAUGCACUUCUGUAUGCCAUUGAUCUUUGGAACACUGGAGCAGUUUCAUUCUGAUUUCAAGGAAGCUGGAGAUCCUUCAUCAGGUCAAGGUGCACAAAAAGUGAAGGAACCGUUUAAGAUCUUAAAGUAUGUGCUGGGUGCAUUUAUGCUUCGAAGGACCAAAUCUACACUUAUGGAGUCUGGCACUCUGCUACUGCCUCCUGUUACUGAAAUAACUGUGAUGGCACCUUUGUCUCCACUGCAGAAAAAAGUUUAUAUGUCAAUAAUCAGAAAGGAACUUCCAAAGCUGCUUGCACUUGCUUCUAAAGGAACAAAUGCUCCAUCUUUGCAAAAUAUUGUAAUUCAGCUCCGGAAAGCAUGUAGCCACCCAUAUCUUUUCCCGGGUAUUGAGCCUGAACCAUAUCAGGAGGGUGAGCACCUGGUUCAGGCUAGUGGCAAACUUCUAAUUUUAGAUCAGCUACUUAGGAAGUUGCAUGAUGCUGGGCAUCGCGUUCUAUUGUUUGCCCAAAUGACUCAUACUCUUGACAUAUUGCAGGAUUUCUUAGAAAUGAGAAAAUAUACCUAUGAGCGUCUUGAUGGUUCAAUUCGAGCAGAAGAGCGAUUUGCUGCAAUUAGAAAUUUCAGCAUAAAAUCAAGUGCUAAUAUUAACUCUUGUGAGAGCACACCAUAUAUCUUUUUGAUAUCCACACGAGCUGGGGGAGUGGGACUAAAUCUUGUGGCUGCUGAUACAGUCAUAUUUUACGAGCAAGAUUGGAAUCCCCAAGUGGAUAAGCAGGCUUUGCAGCGUGCACAUAGAAUUGGCCAGAGUAAUCAUGUGCUAUCUAUUAAUUUGGUUACUGGGCGUACAGUUGAGGAGGUUAUUGUGAAUAGAGCAAGAAGGAAGCUACAACUCAGUCAUAAUGUUAUAGGAGAUGAAAUACUGGAUUGUGAGGGAAGUAAUGGAGGAACUGAAGCUGGUGAUUUGAAAUCUGUGAUAUUUGGUUUGCAUAUCUUUGAUCCCAUGGAGAUGAAUGUAGAUAAAUCAGAUAACCAAUUAAAUAAGAGCGAACUAGCUGUUUUAGCUGAUAAGGUCAUUGUGUCCCGCCAUGAGUUACAAUCAGAUGUGAGGGAUAGGAAGCUAGAGAUCAAUUCAAUGGAUCAGGCGAGUGAUCAAAAUUUAAUGAAGCAAGAUGCUUCUGAGUCUAUUGACUUUAAUCCAGACCUCGAUGAAGCUUCAUACAUGGCAUGGGUCGAGAAGUUUAAGCAAGCAUCUCCAGAACAAGACAGUGACAUACUGGAAUCAGGAAAUAAGAGAUGCUUACCUGAUGAGAAGCAUCUUAAAGCGGAAGCUGCUCGAAGGAAGGCAGAGGAGAAAAAAAUGUCCAAAUGGGAAACACUAGGAUAUCACUCACUUGCUGUCAGCAAUCAUGUCAGUCCAGUCAAUCAGGAUGCGGUGUCAGAUGCUGGCUCAGUUCAUUUUGUUUAUGGAGACUGCACAACUGCUGCAGCAGUUACCCCUUCCGAGUCCACAAUUAUAUUCAGUUGUGUUGAUGAUUCUGGAAAUUGGGGGCAUGGGGGUCUGUUUGAUGCACUGGCUAGGCUGUCAGCAUCUGUUCCCAAUGCGUAUCAGCGGGCUUCAGAAUUUGGAGAUCUCCAUCUGGGUGAUUUACAUCUCAUAGAAGUUACUGAGGACCACGGUGACCAGAGUACUAGUACUGAUCCACGUCAAUGGGUCGGUUUAGCUGUUGUGCAAUCAUAUAAUCUGAGGCGUAAGGUCCCUCGUGGUGAUAUCUCUACGGCUGAUUUGGAAGUUUGCCUUGCAAAAGCAUCGUUUUCAGCCGCUCAAUAUUCAGCUUCAAUCCACAUGCCCCGGAUUAAUUAUCAGCAUGGUACAGAUCGCUCAGAAUGGUAUACUGUUGAGCGCCUGCUACGAAAAUAUGCAGCAAUGUAUGGCAUAAAUAUUUAUGUAUAUUAUUAUCGGCGUGCAGCAUGAAGCAUCCUAUAUCAGGGUGCUAUGAUCACCUGGAAAAUGUUAGACCUAAACUGAUGCUUACGCAGUGCAGCUGUAAAUUUUGCUUUGAUGGAUUAUGAUGCUACAAAACUACGAUGGUCUUGUAAAGAAUGUAAUAUUUGUAGCAUAUUAUAAUAACUAAACAUAUUCCAAAGUCUUGCAAUCCAACAUAAGCAUGCACAUAAACACCGAGAUACACAACAAGCAGGCAUUAAACACAUUGUUCUUCUGCUGGAAUACUAUGUGCUCUCAGGCGAGAGUUGCAUCACUGAGGUAGAUCCUUAUAUGUGAAGUAAUCAAGGUAUGAAUAUUAUGUGAUUUUGCGACUUCGGAAGGCUACCAUAUGCUUGCUUGAGUGGUUUAACGUUGUGUUACUUUCUUGUUAACGUGUGUUUUGACAAUAGGGGAUAACUAUUUUGGGACAAAUGGAGUACUUACAAAGAAAAUCAUAAAUUUGUACUCCCUACGUUUCACCACAAGAGUCUGAUUUCUGCUUUUUGGUUGUCCCACUACAAGUGAUUGAUUUCCACUCUUAGCUAUCUCUUAUUUUACCCUCUUUCAUACUUAACUCUCUCUUUAUCUUUCUUACUUUAUCCCCUCUCCUACUUUAUCAUUUUCUUAAGUCAUGUGCAGAAAAGAAAUCAAUCACAUGCGGUGGCACGAAGGGAGUAUAUCUUCUGACUUGUAGAUCAUUUAGUAUGAUUGGCAUAAACAGUGUCAACAAUCACUCUAGUUGAUUGUACUAAUGUUCUUUUGGCUGCUGUUGAAGGGCUUUCAGAUCAGAGACAGAGACUUGCAGAAGAUAGAGCCCAUAAUGCUACUGCUUUAGAAAGCACUUAAAGAAAACUGCUAGAUGUGAGAAAAACCUCUCAACUACUAAUGGUAAUAGUAGAAGAAGCACAGGCCCAAGUCGAUAGGAGUCGAGUGUUUCGUUCUGAGAUACAGAUAGAACUAGAGAAAGAAAGGUGUUCAGGGUUAAUAUAGAUCUUAUUUCAGUUUACAUAGGAAAACUAUUUACUUACUUCUUGAGGCUAUAUCUUUUUAUUAGGUUUUUGAGAAAAAAAAAAGGGUAGAGGAAGA